CAACCAUCAAUAACUUUCCGACUUCCCGUUCGUUUUGGCAUUCCUCUUCACGUCGCUCUUUAAACUUCGAGAUGUAGCUGUAAUGUUUUCUCUUGCCCAUUAAUUCCUCGUUCGCCGACUAUAGGUGCCUCCCAUUGGGUCGUGCCGCACGCGCGGCGCUUGUCGUUCAUGCGACCCCUUUUUCCUCGGUUCCGACUUUUUCUCAUUGGGCCGAUUAAGCCCCGAAAGCCGAACCCAUGGCCCAGCCGUUCCACGCCGGAGGUGCCGUCCCGGCUUUCAGACUCACGGAGCCGUCCAUCCAGGGCCUCCUCGGGGCUGUCACUGCGUACUGGCCGUCACUCGCCCACCUGGAUAUCACUCGUCUCGGGUCCCUCAUAGCAAUCGCCGGCGUCAUCCCGGCAGCGUGGCGGCUGCUCCACGGCGCCUGGAGGGAGACAUACAGCUGGAUCAGACAAUUCUUUGUCGCCUCUGUCACCAUACCUGGCCGAGACCCUCUGAACAAGAGCGUUGUCAACUGGGUGUUGACUCAUGUCGUCCAACCCCGGAAUAAUACGCGCUUCUUCACCGCCCGCACGGAAAUCAGAGACAGGCUCGGUCGCGGAGAUGUGCCUGACUCCGCGUCGCUUAAGAAGACGCAGAGACAGGUCCAGUACCUGCCGCACUUCGAGACAGUAUGGUUCUGGAAGGACGGAAGUGUCUUCAUCGUCCACCGGUCCCUCGAGAGCUUCAAUGCGUCCAUGUGCGACCCGGGGUACGACGGGAUCGGGGGCGAGGACCUCACCAUCAGCUGCCUGGGGCGGUCGGCCGAGCCCAUCCGCUCUUUGGUCCAGACGUGUCGCGACUUUGCCGACCAGCAGACCCAGUUCUAUGUGAUGAUCUACUCACGAGACCGGUACGGAAUCUCGUGGCAGCCCAAGUCAAGGAAGCCUAUCCGCCUGCUGGAGACAGUCCACUUUGACGAGGACGUCAAGAAGAGCCUGCUGUCCGACAUCCGAAAGUACCUCGAUAUCGAGACACAACGGCGCUACCAGAGCAGGAGCAUGCCAUAUCGGAGGGGCUACCUCUUUUACGGUCCUCCGGGGACGGGAAAGUCCUCGCUGUCCACUGCGCUCGCGGGCGAGUUCGGCCUCGACCUCUACGAAGUCAAGAUUCCCAGCGUGGCCUCGGACGCAGACCUGGAGCAGAUGUUCCAGGAGAUUCCGCCCCAGUGCAUCGUCCUCCUCGAGGAUAUCGACGCGGUGUGGGCUGGCGACCGCGACCUGCCCGACAGGGAGGACAGGACGAUCGGGUCGAGCGGCAGCCACAGCCCCAGGUCGAACUGCACGCUCUCGGGGCUGCUGAACGUCCUGGAUGGGGUUGGCUCGCAGGAGGGCCGCAUCGUCAUCAUGACGACGAACAAGCCUGAGCUGCUUGACCCGGCUCUGAUACGACCAGGCCGCGUGGAUCUCAAGGUCCACCUAGGCAAUAUCAGUCGCAAAUCGGCGAUGGAGAUGUUCAUGCGGAUGUUUGCUUCUGACGUGCGGGGACCAUCCGUGGAUAUGGACGUGGACGCACUCCAGCGGUUGGCGGCCGAGUUCUCGAAGCAUAUCCCAGAGGGUGAACUCACGCCCUCCCAGCUCCAGGGCUUCUUCCAGAUGCACUUGGACAAUCCUAUCGAGGCGGUAUCCGGGAUAUCAACGUGGGUGGCUAGGGAAUCAUCGAGGGAUACAAUAGAGGACGACAUUGAGAUCGUCACGAGGGGGAAGGCUUGAAUUAUGGUCAGCGACUCGAGCGCUGCCGCCUAGACUUGUACUAUAUUGUAUCUUAUGUUGCAUUAAAGAGACUGGCGUUAUUGGCUUUGCAUAUCAACAGGUUGGAGAGUCACCGACUCUUAUUACUAUUUGUUCCUACGAAAGGAGAAGAAUCGCGAUUUUCCUCAAG